AUGGAUGAUGAAAGCUUAAAAAAAUCAUCUUUUCCAUCCAGGAAUUUGGCUGUUAUUGCUUUCGUCGUAUCUAUCGGUGGAGCUUUCAAUUUUGGAUAUCAACUGCUCAUCACAAAUCCAGCUCAAGAUGCUUUCCUAAGCUUUACGAAUGCUUCAUUGACGAAACAAAAUAUUCAUGUGUCUGCAAAUGAAUUAGGAGAUAUUUGGGGAAUUAUAGUUUCCUCAUUCUUUUGGGGAGCAACAAUUGGAUCUUUUCUCAUCCAAUUCUUAUCCGAGAAGCUAGGACGAAUAAGAGGAUUAAUAUUCUCAUUGGUCAUUCAAUGUAUAGCAUGUGCAUUAACUAUUCUAAGUUAUUUUAUGACAAGUCAUAUUGUCUAUACAAUUUCUCGAAUAAUUCUUGGAGGAGCCAUCUCAGUGUCUUUAGGAAUAGCCCCCAUAUUCAUAACAGAAUGCAGUCCAUCAGCAUGUCGUGGAGUUGUUUCGCUGAUAACAGGCAUAAUGAUUCAAGUUGCGUUGGUAUUCGGUGCGACCAUUGCUAUGCCUCAGAUUUUGGGAACAAGUGACACAUGGUGGAUGCUAUACUUGAUUCAACUUGUCCUCACUUUGAAUGUCAUUGUGUAUUGCUUGUUCAUUGAAGACAGUCCAUCAUAUUUAUUGUCAAUCGGCAAAAGCGAAAAAGCUAAAAAAUCCCUCAUUUAUUAUCAUGAUAUAACGGAAGAAGAUGCUGAAAUCUUAUUGAUUGAUAUGGAUGAAGCUAAUGUUAAGCAAGAAGUGUUGGGAUUAUUCUCUAUCUUUAAGGACAAGAUGUCUGUCAAGGGAUGCUUGUUAGGAUCACUCUGUCUAGUUGCUACAACAUACAGUGGAAUAGCUGCAAUUAACUCAUUUGCAUUCGAAAUUCUAGUUUCCGUCGGCUUAAGUUCACUUGAAGCUUCCAUCGGAAACAUAAUUAUAUGCUUAGUUACUGUGUUUGGGAACAUCUCUGCAUCAUUUCUUAUUGACAAGCAAGGACGUCGCCCAUUAUUGUUGAUUAUAUUUGGUUUAUUAGCGGUUAACAAUAUUAUAAUUUCUGGCUUGAUGUAUGGCUUUGAUCGCUCGCAGAACGUUUGGAUGGGAUGGGGAGUUGUAGCUGCUAUUGCAUUUUUCAGUUUCAUAAUUUGUAUCGGACCAGCUCCUAUCUCUUUCUUUAUUACAGGUGAAUUAGUUUCUCAAAAAGCACGCGGAGCAGCUUGCACAUGGGCUAAUGUCAUUUUCUACGGAACACGAUCUAUCCUGCUUUCUGUUUACUAUCCAAUUAAAGUUGGAUUGGGUGGACCUUUAGCAUAUUUCGUUUUAUUUUGUCCAUCAUGCAUCUUGACUACAGUAAUACUGUAUUACUAUUUGCCUGAAACCAAAGGAAAAACACCAGAACAAGCAUAUGAUGAUGCCAAUAACUCGCUGCUCUUAUGUGGAACGAAGAAUUCCAAUGAAAAACUUCUGAACGAUGAUAAAGUUGAAUCAUAG